UUUUGUGAAGACUUAGAGUGAAGUGAUUCAAGUGAAGCAACAAACACUGUGAUUUCGUCAUGUACGUUAUUUGACAAACAUGCUUUCUAGGUCAGAUUUCAAUUUCCCAAUUUAUCUCUCUUACUCUUCAUUUUUCAUCCAUUCUCUGUAACUCUCAACAUUCAAUUAUCUUGUACAAAUUCAUGUUUGGUUCUAUGGCAAUAAAGCUCCAAUCUUUGACACAUCACACUCGAUUCCUCAAAUGGGUUUAUCUAUCUUCAACUAGCAUUCAACAUAUUUCACAAACCAUUGAAAUUGUAAACCCCAAUUAUGAUUUCGACCAAAAUAUUAACUUUUUGAGGAAUAAUCUUGCCCCAGAUAAUUUAAUCCAAGUUUUGAACCGUACAAGUGAUUUAAGCUCAGCAGUGAAGAUUUUCAAAUGGGCUUCAAUACAGAAGAGUUUCCACCACACCUCUAAUACAUAUUUUGAGAUCAUUUUAAAACUGGGUUUAGCUGGAAAUGUUCUAGAGAUGGAGGAUUUUUGUCAUAACAUGGUGAAGAACAGGUUUCCAGGUGUUGAAUUAGUUCUUGUAUCAUUGAUUCAUAUGUUUGUUAAGCAUGGUAGAAUUAAAGAAGCGUUAAUGGUCUUAGAGAAUAUGAAUUCGGGGGGUUAUAAGCCCCCGGUUGAGGUUUUUAAUGCUUUGUUAUGUGCUCUUGUGCAACAAGAAAGUAGAGAUUUUCAAAAUGCUUUGUUUGUUUAUAAAGAGAUGGUGAAGGCAGGAGUGUUACCCACGGUCGACACUUUGAAUUAUUUGUUGGAGAUAUUGUUUACAAUUGAUCGGGUUGACCUUGCUUUGGAUCAAUUUAGAAGAAUGAACAAUAAAGGAUGUAGUCCAAAUAGUAAGACCUUUGAGAUACUUGUAAAGGGUCUGAUCGAAAAUGGUCGAGUUGACGAAGCUGUUACUGCUUUAGAGCAAAUGCUCGAACUCGAAUGUCAACCGGAUUUGAGUUUUUACUCCUGCACCAUACCUCUCUUUUGUAGGGAAAAUAGAGUAGAGGAGGGAGUGAAGUUGUUUAGAAGGAUGAAAGAUUCUGAUCUCGUGCCGGAUUCGUUUGUUUAUGAGGCUCUAAUACAGUGUCUGUGCAAAAACUUGGAGAUGGAUUCCGCGGUAUACCUUAUAAAUGAAAUGAUAGGAAGUGGUAUACAACCGAAUGAAAAUGUUUUUGUUGAUAUGAUAAAUUGCUAUUGUGAAUUGGGGAAAAUAGACGAGGCUAUAGUGUUUUUAGAGGAUAAGCAAGUUAAUGAAACUGCUCCUUUCAAUGCAUUGCUUGAAGGUUGCUGCAAUGCUGGUAAAAUUCUCGUAGCAAAUGUUCUGCUGGAAACAAUGUCGGAGAGAUAUGUAGCAGAUUGUUUUUCUUGGAAUAUUCUCAUUAGAUGGCUUUGUGAGAAUGAAGCGACUGAGACAGCAUAUGCAUUUCUUGGCAGAAUGAUCAAAUUCUCGGUUGUUCUUGACUAUGCAACAUACUCAGCUCUUGUGGUUGGCAACUGUAGAUUGAGAAAGUAUGAUGAAGCAAUGGAACUAUUUCGUCGAAUUUGUGCAAGAUGUUGGAGUUUAGAUAUUGCCUCUUAUUCUGAGCUAGUAGAUGGUUUAUGUGAGAUCAACCAUCCCAAACACGUCAUUGAAGUGUUUUACUACAUGUCGACGAAGCAAUGCUCUCUUCAUUCCUUCUCCUUCAACAAGUUGAUAAAAUGUGUAUGUGACUCGGGACAGGUCAACAUAGCCGUAAAACUAUGGCAAUUAGCUUAUUGUUGUGGUAUUUCUUACUGUAAUGUCGCACAAACUACUCUCUUGCAUGAGUUGUCUAAAUUAGAUAACGCAAAAAGUCUGUUCGCAUUCCUCUCCCAAAUGUUGAUUGUUGGAGGCAACCUUGACAAAGAAGCAUAUUGUAUCCUUAUCCGUGGCAUGAUUAAACAAAAUCUAGUAAACGAAUGUGUUUUGUUUUUCAAUAUGAUGGUCAAUGAUGGUUUGAUACCUGAUCCAGACGAACUAUUCGAUCAACUUUCAUUCAUAGCAAAUCAUUCUCGGUUAUCUAUGAUUUCUAGUGCGAUUGAAAAAAUUUCCGACAGCAAAAAAUUGAGUUCAGCGGUCUAUAACUUACUGAUAACUGGCCUGUGGAAAGAGGGUAAGGAACUUGAGGCACAGGGAUUACUUGAUAUGAUGCUAAAAAAGGGUUGGCUUCCUGAUACAACCACUCAUAAAUUAUUGAUUGGGUCUGAUGUUAGAGAAGGAAAAAGUCAAGCAACAUUGUUGUUUGAUGAUUCUGAUUCUGUUAGCGAUAUACUUGCAGAAGGCCUUGGAGAUUCAUGAAACUUCAGCAUUCCAUGAAAGAAAUCUUAUUGCUUAGCACGCUAGUUUCAUAUCGCAGCUUUGUUCAUCGAGGAUUAUAUGUUCAUCAAGUCUUAUAGCGAUUAGAACUGGUGGAAAGAUGUUAGUUUCAUCAAUAUCAUUUUCCAUGUUACACUAGAUGACUUUUCAUUCUUCUAUUAUUCAUGAUAACCUUACAAUGCUACCAACUGAGUGAGCAAAAACUAAGUUCCCCAUGCAUGCUGCAGCACUUAACAGAAUCCAAGUUGCGCUUCAUCUGGUUUGGCUCAAGUUUAGACCAGAUCAAGGAAGGAGAGGGGCGAUGCUUACAGGUUUAUGCAAAUAGGCUGCUACACUGUUGUCCCUUCUGAAAUCUCUCAAUCUCUCCGAUGCCUGCGCUUCUACAAAUGUUUAUUGUGACUUCUCCAAAUACACCACAAGGUGAUAGCAAAGAGAUCUAUAGCUGCUGACUUGCAGUAGAACCUAACUUGUAAAGUGCAGUAGCAAAGCAAUCUGCACUUGAAAGAAUUAGGUCAAGCUCCUUCCAGCAAUUUAUGGCGAACUCGCAAUCACAACCAAAAAAGUAGGCCAAAUGUUCUCCUCCAGUCUUUGACAAACAAGCACAGAUAAGGAAUACCAUGAGCGCAAAGAUUAUUACACGAUGGAAGGCAAUUACGAGCAUCUCUUCAACAAAGAGUUCUUACUCUUGGAGGAGUCAACUUUGAUUCUAGAAAGAUACUAUUGAUUUAAACUUUAAGCUAUGAGCUUUUGAUUUUAUAAUUUAUUUUUAGACUUAAAUUUAUUAUCCAAUUCACUUUUACAUAAUCAUUUGACUUUCAACUUGUAGUUAUAAUCAAUUUUACACUAUCAAUUCAUUCAAAAUGGACAAA